UGCCGCUGGACUGCUGUAUUCAUUUGGAUUCAGAAUCAGCACGAUCGAGAGGAACAGGGAGGGAGAAGAGCGUGUGAGUUUGUGUUAUCACUAGUACGCAGUCGCGUUUAGAGGUGCUAUCUGUUGCUACAGCUGGACUGCAGUGAGACCCUCAUGGACACGUAGCUUUAUAUUCUGAAAAUGGAUAUCAGUGGAGUUAAAGUUCUGGAGUCAGCUGAGGACAUCCAGGAGCGCCGUCAGCAGGUUCUUGACCGGUACCAUCGCUUCAAGGAGCUGUCCGUUGUGCGCAGACAGAAACUCGAGGACUCUUACCGGUUCCAGUUCUUCCGUCGAGAUGCAGAUGAGCUUGAGAAAUGGAUCCAAGAGAAGCUACAGAUCGCCUCUGAUGAGAACUACAAGGACCCCAGUAACCUACAGACCCGUCUAGAGGAACUUCACCGUCUGUGGGACCUGCUGCUGCAGAAGACUAAAGAGAAGGGAUUGCGUCUCCUGCAGGCCCAGAAAUUGGUGCAGUACCUCCGUGAGUGUGAGGAUGCCCUGGACUGGAUCAGUGACAAGGAAGCUAUUGCCACCUCAGAGGAGCUUGGCCAGGACCUGGAGCAUGUGGAGGUUCUGCAGAAGAAGUUUGAAGAAUUCCAGACAGACCUGGCAGCCCACGAGGAGCGUGUGAAUGAGGUGAACCAGGCAGCCGGUAAGCUAACCCAAGAGAACCAUCCUGAGGCUGAGCUCAUCCUGAAGAAGCAGGAGGAGGUGAACGCUGCCUGGCCUUGCAAAGGAAAGCUCCAGAAACAUCAAGCCUUUGAGGCAGAGGUGCAGGCUAACGCUGGGGCCAUCAUUAAACUGGACGAGACUGGCAAUCUCAUGACAUCUGAGAGCCACUUUGCAUCUGAAACCAUUCGA